UGGCUUUAGUCAACCCACAUCCACGACUUCGACCGUGUUGCAUACUCCACCUUCCGCGAAACCCAUCUAUUUUUUUCCAAACCUCCAUCUACUAGACUACUAACCCCAUCCAGAUCUCCAAUUGAAGCUCCUCAACAAUGGCUUUUCCAUCUCACCUCACCACCAUUUUCCUCCUCCUUCUCACAAUCACCUUCACAUUCCCAUCCUUCAUAAUCUCCUCCCCAACCUCAGACCUAAUCUCCGAACUCCAACACCUCCAAUCUCAAUCCUCAACCGGCGUAAUCCGUCUCACGGACCAUCUCCUUGGCCGCAUCAAUUCCCUCCCUCGUCCUCGCCCUUUCUCCUUUAUCAUCUUCUUUGACGCUGUUCAACUCCACGACAAAUCUGAACUCCAACUCCCUACCCUCAAAUCUGAAUAUAACAUUCUAGCUACCUCGUUUUACCGUAACAAUGAAAACUCCCAAAAACUCUUCUUUUUCGAUAUCGAAUUCAAGGAUUCUCAACGAUCUUUCUCCCUUUUUGGGGUCAAUUCUCUUCCCCACAUUCGUCUCGUUAAACCCCAUGUUGACAAUUUGAAAAACUCGGAUCAUAUGGAUCAAAGUGAUUUCUCUCGACUCGCGGAUUCAAUGGCGGAAUUUGUCGAGUCAAGGACUAAACUCACUAUUGGUCCAUUGCAAAGACCACCCAUGUUUUCUGGUAAGCAAAUUGUCUUCUUUUUGAUAGUUUUGAUGAUAUGGGCACCGUUUGCUUUCAAGAAGAUUAUUGCUGGUCAGACAUUGUUACAUGAUUAUAAGUUCUGGUUGUUUGGUGCAAUUUUUGUUUACUUCUUUAGUGUUUCUGGGACUAUGCAUAAUAUCAUAAGGAAAAUGCCAAUGUUUAUAAAUGAUAGGAAUGAUCCUUCUCAAUUGGUGUUUUUUUACCAAGGUUCUGGGAUGCAAUUGGGUGCUGAGGGUUUUGCUGUUGGGUUUUUGUAUACUAUUGUUGGUUUACUUCUUGGGUUCCUUACUCAUGGACUUGUUAAGAUUAAGAAUCUCACUUUUCAGAGGAUUGUUAUGGCUUUGGCUUUGAUCAUUUCGUUUUGGGCUGUUAAGAAGGUUGUUUAUCUUGAUAAUUGGAAGACUGGCUAUGGAAUUCAUGGUUACUGGCCUUCAAGCUGGUGAUUAGAUAUGAGGGGUUGCAGUUUUUAAUGUUGAGUUUGGGUGUAUGAAUUAGAAAAUAUUGGAUGCAAGAACUAUUUGGCUAGAUUGUAACCGUGAUGUUGUUGUUAUUGCCCAUAGAAUGAAAAGUUUGAGUUUUAGUUUCCUCAGUUUUGUGCUCUAUUGAUGAUUAUGAGAGGUAUGUUUUCUUGUUGUUAGUUUUGUUUUCAGCUUAUUUCCUUUAUGUGUUAUAGAUGUAAUGUUGAAUAUGGUUUCGGGUUAUAAUGAACAAUAGUAAAAUAACUCAUUAAAUUAGGUGUACUCAUUCAUGUGAAGUAGCACAUGAAGUUUGCUACAAAAGGUCUAUCGGAAUCAAUUUCUUUGCUAGUGUUAUUAACAAGGGUAAGAUUGCGUGGGAGUUUAAUGUUGUUGUAGAUGCUUGUGAUUUUUGUAUGUCAUCAUGUUGAAAGAAAUGGAUAUCCUUGAUGAGGUUGGGUUUAUGGAAGGGAGCAUGUAAUAUUUUGGUACUCUAAAAUUAUAUAGAGUAGCUGUCCAUGAUGUGUUGCAUAUCAAAUUUUAACAAGAACACAACCUAUCUAGUACACAGGUUUUUCAUUUAGUGAUGGAUUUAUGAGAAAUUGCGAAUGAGUAGUAUAUAUAUUUCGUUAGUGUAUGAUUAGUAUAUCUAUGGCUAAUUGUAGUUGACAGAGUGCUGAAGAAAUGAUAUGCAGUGAAUUCAUAUGGUAUUUAUAAGAUUGUAUUAAUACUUGUCAAACUAUGAAUAAUGUGCUAAUAUAGGGAUGAUUAUAGAUGUGUAAUCAGCAAAAUAGCUGCUGAUAUCUGGGAACUGUAUCGUUUCAUUUACAUUUUGAUUAUGAUCCCUUGAAUUUGAGGAGGUGUAGAAUAGGGAAAUUGAUGAAUUUGAUUGUCAAUGGGAAAAUAUCUUUGUGGGGACGGAAACUUGUAAAGGACUUGUAAUUAGUACAUUUGAUCAGACUAUUGCACUUGAUGGGCUUGUUUGCCAACUGGCUCGGGCAUGAUGAACCGAACACUUUCAGUGCCAUUAUCUGUAAUGACAAGUGAAAGUAGCUAAUCCUUGCUAAAAUACCUAUACAAAGUGAGUAAUCAAUUUGAAUAGGUUUCUUGAGAUCUCUUAAACAACAUUCUCGACUUCGCUCUGCAUAGUUCUCAGAGUAAGAUAGCGAAAUAUUUGUCUGCUUUCUUUGUUCUGUAGCUCUUGCCAUGUUGUAGAAUCGAAGCACAUUUUGUCUUUGUGGCAUUUCAAAAGAGGAUUUGGAGUGUCUAAGUCUACCCCUCUAGUUUCGAAAUUCUUUUUAUUGGGUUAGGUUAUGUAAGUUGAUGGACUGAAGCUUUGGGAUGUUUUCUCAUAAGAGAUUUAAAGUAUCACCUUUGUUGCACAAACACUUGUAAAAUUGCUCAUAUUUACUCACUUCAUUAACACAUUGUCUAAGAUACUCUAAGGAAACACGACACUUAUUCUAAUUUAUCAGUCUAUCUCAAGGUGUUUGUUACUCUCUUCUUUUUCCGGUUGUAUAGAUUGAUUAUAAGAUUGAAUAUCAACCAAACCAGAAGUUAGCCUUCCUUAUUAAACAUUAGCAUUCUUAAAAUGAAGACUUCAAUAUUAGUCUGUCUGGCUGAAUCUUUAUCUUUUAAGCCCAUUGAGCAUACCAAGUGACUGCCACCCAUUGAGGUUUCCAUGCCUACCCUAGUGAACAUUUGAAUGUUAAGAGGGCAAAUGAUAUCUGUUUGUUGCCAUGAAAUUAUACGUAAGGGUUUCAAGGACCUAAGGAUCAACAUGGCAUUGUCAUGGCUUGGUAAAGUUCGAGAUGACUCAAAAUGGCUUGGGAGUUGCCUUAGAAAACAUAGUGUGGCCGUUGGCCUAGAAUACUCUAGAUUGUGUCUAGAGUCAUUUUAAAUCAUGUAUAUACUUCUUAUGUAGUCUAGAUUAAUUUAGAGAACUCUUAUGGUCUUGCACCAAAACGAGUUGUAUGUGAAAAAGAAGUGUUUAUUUGCCCAGGAAGAAGUGUCGUUCCUGGGUCUUCGUAUCAAGGAUGGCCACAUGAUGAUGGAACAUGAUCAAAGGAAGCCCAUUGAUGAUCGGUAAGCACUAAAAAAUGUGUCGAUGAUGCGAUAUUUUCUUGGCAUUGCCAAUCACUAUCAGAGAUUUAUUUUUGGAUGUUUUGCAAAAGCGACGCCACUUAUGGACUUAAACAAGAAGGUGUCGUAGCGUUGGGAUUGGACCUGCCAUCAAGAGUUUGACGUGCUUUAGAAGGUCAUCACGAAGGAACUUUGUUCUUGCCUAAUUACUUACCUUAAAACCUUUAAGGUUUAUGUCGAUGCAUCCAACUUUAGUCUCAAUGGGAUUCUGAUGCAAGACGGUCAUUCGGUUGCAUUUGAGUUUCACAAGCUUUGUUACAUUGUCCAUGACAAAGAGAUGAUCGCAAUUAUUCAUUGCUUACAAAUCUAGAGGCGCUAUAUGCUAGAGAGCAAGUUUGGCAUCUAGAUGGAUGAUGCGGCUAGAGUUACUUUCGAAACUAGAAGAAUCUAAGCCAUAAGCAACCUGGUUGGCAUAUUUCUUAGUCGAGUUUGACUAUGUGAUGGUGUAUAAGCCAUGACAAAACAAAAUAGUCAUUGAUGCCUUAUGUCGAAAAUUAACGCUUGCAACAUCUAGCUUUGUCACCAACAACUAGCUUGUUUUAUCAAGGAGGGCCUUCCUUGGAAGAUUAUAAAUGAUUGUGAUUCAAGGAUCACACAAAUUUUGGACGGAGCUAUUCAAGAUGCUUGGGUCUAGACUCUAAAUUACAUUUCUCGACUAGUUUACUUCCCAAAUUGAUGAACAUAUAGAGGGUGAAUCGGGCCAAGAUCAUGGACAUGACUCAAUUCUUUUAUUGCGUACAACAUUUUGAGGCUACUCUCAACAAUUCAAGGUUUUUCGUAUGGUGCACAAGGGUCUGGUAAGCAAGUAUGAGAGGUCAUUUAGGGUCCUAGACAAGGUGGACAAGGUGUCCUACAAGCUGUAAUUGCCCGGCAAACUUAAAUUCCACUAGGUGUGUUAUAUAUGUCAAAACCCUUACAUGUAGACGAGGAUGAUCCAAAUAGGGGCGAGUCACAACAACCACCCACAACGGUGGUGGCAUCUUUUGAUAGGGAUAUCAGAGAGAUUUUUAGCCAACCAAACCAUUCGAAAGAGGGAUGUCUACAAAAAGUACUUAAAAAAAAGAGUACUUUGUAUCAAUUGCCUUGCACACCAACGAUCAAAGAACCAAUUUGUUAACUAUUACUCUUUUUCAAUUUAAGUGUGUCACCAAAACUUAGUACGCCAUUUUUUAGCGUCUAAAUUAAGAAGCUUCUAGAAACUAAGUAUCAUCAUGUAAUAGCAUGACUAAAAAUCAUUAAAUAUCAAGCUACACUCUUUCAAGUUAGGUAAAGGUAAAUACUAAAUAGUGGUAGUUAUUAAUGAGAAAUGGACGGAUAAAGUUGGUUGAAGCAGGAAUAAAACAAAAACACGAAUGAGCAUUACAGAAUGCAAAAAUAAAUAAAUAAAUAAAUAAAUAAAAUAAAUACAUAAAAGAGAUGCCUUGUUCCCUCAACAUAUAGUCGCUUUUUUCUUUUUUCAGAGUUCCACCAUUGCGUAGAACCACAGCAAACAAUUUUAGAUAGCCUUUCAAGAUUAAAUCCCAUUUAAAAGAAUUGAAUUAAUUAAACCGUAUGGAAUAUAAUUCAAUUUAAUUAAUUAUAUAUUAAAUUCAUCAAUGAAAUGGAAUAAAUGGAAAGAGUAGUGAAAAUGUUUAGAGUUAAAGUGAUUUUUGAAAUUGACCAAAGCUAAACUAAAUUGCCCAAAUAGAUAAUGAGUUGGGUUCAACCAAGCCAAUCAAAAGUUAAGAGAGUUAAAUUCCAAAAUAUUGCAUUAAAUAUAUAAGA